AUGCGCAUGGAUUCCUUGAGAUUUCUUCACGUUUUCUUCUUCCUUACACUGAUUCUCCGUUGCCAUUGUGCAACAUCACUCUCUGGUUCUUCUGAUGUGAAGCUUCUUAUGGGAAAGAUCAAGUCUUCACUGCAAGGAAACAGUGAGAGCUUACUGUUGUCUUCUUGGAACUCAUCUGUUCCAGUUUGUCAAUGGAGAGGGGUAAAAUGGGUAUUUUCAGAUGGGUCUCCUCUUCAAUGUAGCGUCCUCUCUUCACCACAAUGGACCAACUUUUCUCUCUUCAACGACUCUUCUCUCCACCUUCUCUCCCUCCAGCUCCCUUCUGCUAAUCUCACUGGUUCACUCCCUAGGGAGAUUGGUGAGUUCUCUAUGCUUCAGAGUGUGUUCCUCAACAUCAAUUCCUUAAGUGGGUCAAUCCCUCUUGAGCUUGGUUACACUUCUUCUCUUUCUGAUGUUGAUUUGAGCGGUAAUGCCCUAACUGGUGUUUUGCCUCCAUCGAUUUGGAAUCUCUGUGAUAAGCUUGUCUCCCUCAAGAUUCAUGGUAACUCCUUGUUUGGGGCUUUGCCUAAGCCUGCUUUGCCAAAUUCCACUUGCAGUAAUCUCCAAGUUCUUGAUUUGGGUGGUAAUAACUUCUCAGGUGAGUUCCCUGAGUAUAUAACCAGGUUUAAAGGUCUGAAAUCACUUGAUCUUUCAAGUAAUGUCUUUGAGGGUCUUGUUCCUGAGGGUUUAGCUGUAUUACAACUUGAAAGUCUAAAUCUUUCUCACAAUAACUUCAGUGGGGUAUUGCCAAAUUUUGAUGGAUCAAAGUUUGGUGCAGAAUCUUUCGAAGGGAACAAUCCUAGCCUUUGUGGCUUGCCUUUGAAACCCUGUCUAGGCUCCUCUAGGUUGAGUCCAGGUGCUGUUGCUGGCCUUGUGAUUGGUUUAAUGUCAGGGGCUGUUGUUGCGGCCUCGUUGUUAAUUGGGUAUUUGCAGAACAAAAAAAGAAAGAAAAGCAUAGAGAGUGAAGAUGAUUUGGAAGAAGGUGAUGAAGACAAUGAAAUCGGCGAUAAGGAUGGCGGUGAAGGGAAGUUAAUUGUGUUCCAAGGUGGUGAGAAUCUGACAUUGGAAGAUGUUUUGAAUGCAACGGGGCAAGUUAUGGAGAAGACGAGCUAUGGUACGGUUUAUAAGGCAAAGCUUAGUGAUGGAGGGAAUAUUGCAUUGAGGCUAUUGAGAGAAGGUACUUGCAAGGAUAGAAGCUCUUGUUUGCCUGUUAUAAGGCAAUUGGGACGCAUUCGGCAUGAGAAUUUGGUUCCGUUAAGAGCUUUCUAUCAGGGAAAGAGAGGAGAAAAGCUCCUCAUUUAUGACUAUCUUCCCAACAUAAGCUUACAUGAUUUGUUGCACGAAAGUAAACCCGGAAAGCCAGCUCUGAAUUGGGCCAGGAGACACAAGAUUGCACUGGGAAUAGCCAGAGGACUUGCUUAUCUUCAUACCGGACAAGAAGUUCCUGUCAUCCACGGAAAUAUUAGAUCAAAGAAUGUGCUCGUGGACGACUUUUUCUUUGCUAGGCUCACUGAGUUUGGGCUUGACAAGAUAAUGGUACAGGCAGUAGCCGAUGAGAUUGUUUCGCAGGCGAAAUCCGAUGGCUACAAAGCACCUGAACUACACAAGAUGAAGAAGUGCAACCCAAGGAGUGAUGUUUACGCCUUUGGGAUCCUUCUCUUGGAGAUAUUGAUGGGUAAGAAACCAGGAAAGAGUGGAAGGAACAAUAGUGAGUUUGUGGAUCUGCCUUCUUUGGUUAAAGCUGCUGUGUUAGAGGAGACAACAAUGGAGGUUUUCGACUUGGAGGCGCUGAAAGGAAUUAGAAGCCCAAUGGAAGAAGGUUUGGUUCAUGCAUUGAAGCUAGCAAUGGGAUGUUGUGCUCCAGUUACAACAGUCAGACCCACCAUGGAAGAGGUCGUGAAGCAGUUGGAGGAGAACAGACCGAGGAACAGAUCCGCAUUGUACAGCCCAACAGAAACCAGGAGUGACGCCGAGACUCCAUUCUGA